AUGUACAUGACCAGACCCAUAAUGGAUGAUGUCCUUAUCUCUCAAUUAUCUCCUCACUUACUCCGCUCCUCGGUCAGGCUGCUCAUCUCCCAAGGGCCGUCGACACGAACCCUUUUCCUGAAACACGUGCAAGCUCGCCUAACUGCAAGUCCCGUCCCGUUCCCAGACAGCCAUGCCUUAGUGAGUGAUGAUGGGGGGCUAUCCUCACAAACUCUCGAGUACUUGGCAUGGAACCGCUGUCUACUGUCGGCCAAGCUGGCCCAGCAAGCGAUAGAAAAGUAUGUGGGUGCCGUGUGACAAACUUGA